AUUUUAAACCGCUUUCAAAAAAUGAAUCUCUAUAAUGCCGUAAAACCUAUACCUUUUUGUAAACUGUGCGGUCAAACGCGGUGACGAGUGCUGAGUGUUUACACAGAGUCGAGGACGCCAAGACGCUUUACGCCAUUGGUCCUAAUUCUAAUAAGUAAUUUUAUUCGUUCAUUUUGAUUUAUUACAACUACAAGACUCACGAUACAAUUAUGGCGGCCACCAUUGCUGGAGUGUUUACACCCGAAGUACAAAAUCUCGUCAUAAAUUCCAGGAUCCUGGUUGUUGGCGCGGGUGGCAUUGGCUGCGAGGUUCUUAAAAACCUCGUGAUGAUUGGUUUUUGCGAACUGGAGGUGAUCGAUCUGGACACUAUUGAGGUGAGCAAUUUGAAUCGUCAGUUCCUGUUCGAUAAGGAGUCUGUGGGCAAAGCUAAGUCACAUGUCGCUAGAACUAGUGUACUUAAAUUUAACCCUAACGUCAAUAUUACAUCGCACUUUGGUGACAUUAUGGACGGUAAGUAUGGUGUGGCGUUCUUCAAUAAAUUUAAAUUGGUUAUAAACGCUUUGGACAACAAGAAGGCGCGUAGCCAUGUGAAUCGUAUGUGCCUGUCAUGUMAAGUUCCACUUAUUGAAUCCGGUACGAUGGGUUACCAAGGUCAAGUAGAGUUCAUUCUAAAAGGAGUUAGUAUGUGUUAUGAAUGUAAUGCAAGAUCCGAACCCAAAACUUAUCCUAUGUGCACAAUUAGAAAUACGCCCAAAGAGCCUAUUCACUGUAUCAUAUGGGCAAAAUACUUAUUCAGCCAAUUAUUUGGUGAUUCUGAAGAAGAUGUAUCUAUGGAGCAGAAAGAAGAAGUUCAAGGUGGUUACGAAAAGUUGUCUGCCCGUAAUUGGGCCAUUAAAAACGAGUAUAAUCCAAAGAAAUUAUUCAAAAAAAUUUUUUUUGAUGACAUAAACUAUUUGUUGAGUAUGUCACACUUGUAUGAAGGUAAAAACAUCAAACCUAUUCCAUUAGAUGAAUCGCUCAUAGAUCAAGAAUAUUGCGAGUAUAAUCAUGUACUUGACAACGAGAUAUUAACCCUGGAACAAAGCGUGACUAUGUUUUUAGAUAGCAUAACUGCGAUUAAAGAAAAAUGGGAUAAAUCCAAAGUUCAAUGUUUAACUUGGGAUAAGGAUGAUGAUCAUUUUAUGAACUUUGUUGUGUCUUGCUCUAAUAUUAGAUCGGCGAUCUUUAAUAUUCCUUUUAAAUCCUAUUUUGAUAUCAAAUCAAUGGCUGGCAACAUUAUUCCUGCCAUUGCUACUGCAAAUGCAAUGGUUGCUGGACAAAUUGUUAUCCAUGCCCUAAGAAUCCUUCAAGGAAAAUAUGAACGAUGCCAGAAUGUAUUCUUAAGAAGUAUGCCUAACCAUAAAGGGGGACUAYUGGUGAAAGACAAACAUCUACAAAAACCCAACCCUAAAUGCAAUGUUUGCUCCUCAGAGGGAGAAAUAAUAUUGGUUACUGACAUACAAAAAUUAACUGUAAGACAAUUGGAAGAACUCGUAUUAAAAAAGAAACUGAAUAUGGUUUCCCCGGAUGUAACAAUUGUAAAUCGAGUGAUAAUCUCUAGUGACGCAGAUGAUGAGGUAAAUUUGUAUGAUAAAACAUUAUUAGAAGCGGGUAUGACGGAUGGAUCUGGCUUUGAGGUAGAUGAUGAUUUUCAAAAUUAUAGUAUAAAAAUUAGAGUACAUCACAAAAAAAAGUCUGAAGAAGAAGAACCCGAUUUUGAAAUUUUUAACAAUAUAAAUGAUUUUUAUGCUGCUAAUGAAAUUAAAAAUAAUACGGAACUUUAUCAAAAUGAUGAUGACUGUGUUAUUGAUGAGAARACCGUAAAUUCUGCUGGUAGUAGUGUAUGUGUCAACAAAGAAGACAUUGAAGGUGCAGGAGAUAUCAAAAAUGAAGAAGAUAGAGAGGAUAUCAAUAAUGAAGAAGAUAGAGAGGAUAUCAAUAAUGAAGAAGAUAGAGAGGAUAUCAAUAAUGAAGAAGGUGCAGAAGAAAUAUUGGCUAUCAAAAGAAAAGCUGCUGAUACAAUCGAAAAUAUUACUGAUGUUAAGAAAAGCCGUGUCGACUAAGAUACUUUUUGUAGUUACUAUUAAUAGUAAAUUUAAAUUUCAUGAAACUUAAACAUAUUCAAACAUGAAACAAUGUUGAUAUACCUAUUUUAAUGUUUCUCUUUAGUAAUAUUGUUACAUAGUAAUUUACAUAUUCUAAUAAUCAGACUACAUUAUUAUUAACUAUCUGCAUCAUAAUUUGUAUUUUUAUAAUUGUAUGUAUUACCUACUAAUUGUUAUU